AUGGUAAAGUGGAAAAAGAAGUUCCCUGAAGUUCACAACUCCCAUGAACCGAAAAAUCACCAUGAUGAUUGCUAUUUUUGCGUCGUUUCGUCUCGUCGGUCGGUCGAUUUACCGUCUGCUAAACAACCAACUUUGGUGCCUAUUCUAGCUCAAGAGCCCAUACCACUAGUUUUACCUUCGGCAUCUGCAGCAGCUUCUUGCCAAAUGGAAACAGACGACAUAAUAGACGAUGAUAAGUCAAAUGAUCCUGAUUUUAUCCCCAAUGCCACGACUACAGACCUUUUUAAUCAUAAUCGAGUUGAAUGA